AUGUUCACUGUUCGACAGGCAAUCGGGAAAGGCCUCGGAGUUUUUGCUUCGAAACCAAUUCUCACGGGCCAAAGAAUCCUCACAGACCAAGCUCUACUCACAAUCACAUCCUCAGAUAGCAACUCGAUCCUGCGACAAGCCCAACUCCUCUCAACAGCUGGCCGGGACUCACUACUCUCAUUAUCAACCAAUCCCAGCAAGUCAAGCGUCUUCAGCUGGCUAGAGUCAAUAUGGCGAAGCAAGUCUGCUCCACAACACACAACCCAAGCGCUAUUUCCUCAGGUUGCGCGCUUGAACCACUCAUGUGUCCCCAACGCGCAAGGAAACUUCAAUAAGGAUUUAGACGCAUUCACCAUUCAUGCUACCAGAAACAUUGAGCCGGAAGAAGAAAUCACAAUCUCCUACCUUGACGAACAUCUGGGCCUGCGACAAUCCCGACAGACCGCGUUGCAUGACGGGUACGGCUUCACUUGUGGAUGCUCUGCCUGCAGUACGACGACCUCGUCAGAAGCCGGCGAGGUGCGCCGGGCGGAGAUUCAGCGCAAGCUGGAGCUCUUCGCUCAAGCUGCUUCUGAGGAUCCGGAGGACGAGUUCAAGAUGAUGCUUGCGCUCCUGGACGCUCACGAGGCGGAGGCUAUCCGCGGACGGGAGGUCUCGACAAUGUAUAUCGCUACCGCUCGCAAAGCGUUUGACUUGGGAAAGCGAGAGGAAGGACGCGAGCUGGCGUUGAAGGGUCUGCAGCUCGAGAAGGAGGCUGUGGGAGAUGACAGCCCUUUUUAUGCUGCUACUCUUGGAGCAGUACAAGCGCUGGGGGUUGAGAUUUGA